AUGAAUAGUGUUGGCGAGAAUGAGCAUGACCGAGAUGCGGUGUAUCAAGUCACGGGCAUGCCACCGGAACGUAUGACAGGAAUGGUCAAGGACAGCGUGUUCAAUCAAGGAACAUUAGUUGACUAUCGGAAUCAGGUGGCUGGCAAUGGUUAUUGGCACUGCAGGCGAGCUCCGGACGGCAAGGAUCAUGUGCUCACACAACAGGACGACUCAGUCUCGGAGGAAUCGCUGGAGAUCUUCCAUAAGGUGAAUGGAUGCUUCGCAACAUUGAUCGGACUGAACCGGGUGGCUGUGCUUCCUUACUUCCCGCUCAACGAAAUGUGCCAAAUUUGUCUAGCAGCAGACACUCUGAGACUCAUUCUUCUGCUAUUACUAUUGAUCCUGGCGUCACCUGCAUUAUCAGUGCAAAACAACGCAUCCUAUGGGGUCGAUCGAAUGCUAGGCAGUGGAGAGGUCUUUGGAAACUUCAAACAUCAUGAGGCGAGCUGCUCGAUUAUGGUGAUAAGCCAUUCGGAUUAUCCUUCCCACCUGCCACGCACGAUUUGCAAAAUACGUGACGAGCAAAACGGAACCCGCCAUUUGACGCUCAACAUCCAUAUGAUCGCCCGUUCGGUAUCGCAGUCCAGAGAUCGCUGUUUCCUUAACAUCACGCGUGACCCAUCUUCCUCGGUGCUCACACUAAAUGUCAAAGCGACGAGUCACUUCUUUAUCUGUCUGGAGUCGGCCCUUGAUCAAUCAGGCUUCCUCUGCGGAGACGUGAAUGGCAUCUCUGUUGGUUAG